GACCACUUCCGAGUUCAUAGAUUUUUCAGAAAAAAACACAUGACAUGUGACCCCAGGAGAGAUGAGCAGAUGUCCCAGCUGGCUCCCACUUGGGGUGUGAGUGAUUUGCAGAGGAUACGGCCCAAAUGAGGAGGUCGAUUUCCUUACCAGAGCGACAAACACAGGGGCUCCUGAGACCGGCCCAUUUCCUUGGGGAAUGAAACACACGAUCUUCAGUUCCUCAGAGAAGUGAAAAUAGCAACUAGGAAUCCAGUCAUUCCUGUUAUCUGCAGGCUCUCUAGAUCAGCCGAGCCUGAGGAGGUAGCUGUGCGCCCACACCCCAAACCCCGCUGUCCACUGCCACCACGCCUGGAAGCCAGAGGAGCUCAGCAUGUCUCCUCUGCGGGGCCCCUUGCUGCUGAUGCUCUGCGUCAGCGGUGCCCUGACCCUGAGGAUCUGCUCCUUCAACGUGAGGUCCUUUGGGGAAGCCAAGAAGGAAAACCAGAAAGCCAUGGAUGUCAUCUUAAAGGUCAUCAAACGCUGUGAUGUCAUACUCCUGAUGGAAAUUAAGGACAGCAAUGACAUGAUCUGUCCCAUGCUGAAGGAAAGGCUGAAUGGAAAGUCAAGAAGAAGCAUAACAUACAACUAUGUGAAUAGCCCUCGGCUCGGAAGAAACACAUAUAAAGAACAGUAUGCCUUUUUCUACAAGGAAAAGCUAGUGUCUGUGAAGAAAAGCUACAUCUACCAUGACUACCAGGCUGGAGAUGCGGAUGUAUUUUCCAGGGAACCAUUUGUGGUUUGGUUCCAGUCACCCCACACUGUGGUCAAGGACUUCGUGAUUGUGCCCCUGCACACCACCCCCGAGACAUCCGUUAAAGAGAUUGAUGAGUUGGCUGAUGUCUACAUGGAUGUGAAACGCCGCUGGGGGGCGGAGAAUUUCAUUUUUAUGGGUGACUUCAAUGCUGGCUGCAGUUAUGUCCGCAAGAAGGCCUGGAGCACCAUCCGCCUGAGGACUGACCCCAGGUUUGUUUGGCUUAUUGGGAACCAAGAGGACACCACAGUCAAGAAGAGCACCCACUGUGCGUAUGACAGGGCUGAUGUGUCGUUUGCAGAUGUUAAGGCUCCAGCUCUCAGAAGUGGAACUAGCCCUGGCCUAGGGGAAGGCAGAAUCAAGGCGAGGAGUCACAGGAGAGGGAGCUCCCAGGUGCCUGCCCCCCGGCUCCCAUCUGAGCGGCUGCCAACAACGCCGGGCGGAGAUGAUCCCGAAGACAGGACGGGGUACGGAAACUUCUCCAGUCUGCUGGUGCCGCUCAUGGAGGCCCCCAGCUGCUCUUUGGGCCUCCAGGACUCUGUCUCCCUUGCGCGGGGGGCCCUGGGCACCCAGUCCCCUGGACAGCCGACCUGUCUGCCCGGCCUGGAUGCCCUUGCGGUCAGGGGAGCUGGUGGCCCGGCCCUGCUCCCACGGCUGCCUGAAGGGGGGACGCUGCCUGGGCUGGGGCCCCACCUGUGGGGACUCGGGGCCACAGUUGAUCUUCCAGGCGACCAGACGGCGGCCUCCUUCUGGAUGUGCCCCUGCCAGCAGACUCUGCUCCGGGAGACACAGAACUCUCGGCAGAACGUGAAGCAUCACGAGAGAGGCGCAGCAGGGCCGGGCACAGGGGGGCCCACAGUCGCCAUCACGUCCAGAUCCCCACACCGUCAGCCUCCCUGA